AUGUUCAAACAACGUAAUUUUGAAUUAAAAGAACUGCUAUUUAACAAGAUUAACGGUGUAACAAUCGAUUCAAGGAGAUGGAAUCCAAAUAAAAUAAAUGGAAUAGAUGGGACUGGAAAACUAAAAAAUAUUGAUAAAUUCGAUUCCACGUUCUUCAGUGCUCAUCCAAAACUUGCUCAAAGUAUGGAUCCAUUAACAAGAAUUUGCUUAGAAAGAUCAAUCGAAGCGAUUAUCGACGCAGGUUUAAGUCCAUCAGAUUUGUAUGGAACAAAUACAGCAGUAUUCACGGGAUCAGCGAUUAGUGUUACAGAAAUGUAUACAAUGGAUUGCUCUCAAGAAAAUUCUGGUUUCUCAAUGUUAGGACGUAGCAGAACAAUGCAAGCAAAUCGUGUUUCAUAUAUUCUCAAUUUAACUGGUCCUAGUUUUUCAAUGGAUGGUGGAUGGAUUUGUGGUGCAAAUGGUUUAAAAAAAGCUAAAGAAAUGAUUGAAUGUGGUAUGAUAUCUUCAGCAAUUGUUGGAGUGACUGGUUUGAUUCUUCGGCCCGAAAUUCAAUUACAAUUUCAAGGAUUGAAUAGAUUAAACAAAAGUAAUCAAACAAAAUCUUUCAGUUCUGAUGCUGAUGGAUAUAACAGAUCAGAAGCUUGCAUUGUUAUGUUACUCCAAAGAGCAUCUGAAGCUAAACGUUCUUAUGCAACCUUACUAAGUGUAAAAUCACUCGCAUUUGGAGAUCAUCAAGGACAUUURACUGAACAUUUUGGGAAUAACUUUAAAUCGAUAUUGUUGGAUUCUUAUAAAGAAGCUAAUAUUGACCCAUCUUCAAUUGAAUUCAUCGAAGCGUAUGGAUCGGGAAUUAAGUGUGAAGAUGCAAUGGAAUUAAAUAUUAUGGAAGAAGUGUUUUGUACUGAAAAGAGAAAUACACCUUUAAAAGUGGGUUCUAUUAAGAGCAACAUAGGCCAUUGUGAAGUGUCUGGUCACUUUAUAUCAAUUGUAAAAGCCAUAAUUGCAUUGGAAAGUGGUUACAUACCACCGAACAUAAAUUAUACAGAACCAAAUGAAAAUGUACCAGCGUUAAAAAAUGGAAAAAUUCAAGUGGUCACUGAAAAGACUCCACUUGUUACUGAUGUGAUCGGAAUAAGUUCUUUCGGUCUCAUGAACGCAUUUAGUCACGUCAUCAUAAAAAAAAAUAGCAAAAUACAAAACGAUUUCAAGAAUAUCAGUCGUGAAUAUGAUAUACCACAGCUAAUUUUAGUAUCUGGGCGGAAUGAGGAAAAUGUUAAAAAAACCCUAGAAAAGAUUAGAAGCUACGGAAACAAUCCUGAAUAUGUAGCAUUGACCAAUGCUGUGUUUACUAAAAAUAUUGCCGCACAUUUUUAUAGAGGUUUUACCAUUUUUCCAAGUCCAGAAAAAUCGCAAAUCAAUGACGUUUGGAAUGUUAAUUUAAAAAAACGYCCAGUAUGGUUUAUAUUCUCUGGUAUGGGUUCACAAUGGCAAGGAAUGGGCACACGCCUUAUGAACCUCCCUAUAUUUUUUGAUGCUAUAGAAAAAUGUGAUUCAAUUCUAAAACCUCGAGGAAUCGACAUCAAAUAUAUUUUGACUAGCCAAGAGCCAAACGUAUUUGAUAAUAUUCUUAAUUCGUUUGUUGGAAUUGCUGCAGUUCAGAUCGGAUUAGUAGAAGUAUUGAAAUCAUUAGACAUUAAACCUGAUGGGAUUAUUGGCCACUCGGUUGGAGAAUUGGGAUGUGCCUAUGCAGAUGGUUGUUUUACGGCUGAAGAAAUGAUAUUAGCCGCUUACGCCCGAGGCCGAGCUUCACUAGAAACAGACUUUAUUCCUGGAAUGAUGGCUGCCAUCGGACUUGGAUAUGACCAAAUAAAAGACAAACUUCCUCAUGAYAUUGACAUCGCUUGUCGUAAUAGUGCAACUAGCUGCACAAUAUCCGGUCCAGUUGAAAGCAUCAAUGAAUUCGUAUCACAAUUAAAAUCCGAAGGCGUCUUCGCAAAAUCCGUCAACGUUGCUGGCAUAGCAUUUCACAGUAGAUACAUUCAAUCCGCUGGUCCUACACUGCUUAAAUAUUUAAAAGAUGUGAUCAAAGUACCAAAAAAAAGGUCUUCUAAGUGGGUAAGUAGUUCAUUACCGGUAAGCGAAUGGGAUUCGGACCUCGCAAAAUAUUCUUCACCAGAGUAUCAUACAAACAAUUUAUUGAGUAGUGUGUUGUUUGAAGAUGUUCUAAAACACAUACCUAGUGAUGCCAUCWCAAUCGAAAUUGCUCCUCAUGGCCUUCUUCAAGCUAUUAUAAAAGGUGCAUUGCCGGAUACAGUUACUAAUAUAACAUUAACUAAAAGAAUUUUCGAUGAUUCUAUUCAAUUUUUAUUGACUGCACUUGGAAAUCUCAAUGAUAAAGUCAUUUUUUCUGGUCAUGUAAAUUUUAUAAGCAACUUGAAUUUAAAUGCCAAACCAGAAAACUUAAAAAUUAUUGAUAAAACAUCUGAUGAUUUCCAAGGAUGUGUAUCAAAAGAAGAACUUUAUGUAACUUUGAAAAAUAAUGGAUACAAUUUAGGAGAUAACUUUAAAAAUAUAAUGAAUUUUGAAGUCUAUAAAAAUAAGAUCCAAGGUUCCGUAACAUGGGAAAAUGAUUGGAUUUAUUUUUUAGAUGGCUUAUUGAAAUUUCCUAUAUUAAGAAAUUUAGGCACUCAUCAAUUAGAAGCCCCAGUUUCCAUAAGACAAAUUAUUAUUAACCCCACUGAGAUCAACAAAUACACAAUUAAAGAUAAUAUAAACAUCAAUCACAACAUAAUUACAAAUGAAAUAACAUGUGAUGGAGUACAAAUAUGUGAUGUGAAAAACGAACCUAUUACAAUAUCCAAACUAAAAUCAGCAGAAAUCAAAUUAGAAGAACAACAAUUUAUUCCAUUCAACUAUUCAAAUUUCAAAAAUAUUAGUGAUAUUAUUUACGACUUCAUGAAUAUUGUAACAGAGUCUUACAAAUUAAAUUUUGAUCACACAUCAGAGAAACUCGUUUUAUACACACCAUUUCAUUUUGAUGAUCCAUUAUCUAAAGAGUGUAUAAAAUCGAUCAAACAAAUUAUGGAAAACCAAAUAGCAUAUGAUUGUAUCAUAUUGAACUGGAAUAGCGUCGAUAAAAUAUCAGAAAACUAUGAAUCUGGAAAGUUUAUCACAGUCACAAAUUUUAACUACUUACAAAAUACAAUGAAAGCGUUAGCCAAUAAAAAAUGUAGUUAUAUAAUUGUAAGCUCAUUAAAAAAGCUCCAUGAUAACAAAGACUGGAAAAUAAUCACACAUCAAAAACUGGACAACGACAGCUAUUUAUCAUUGAUGAAAAAAUUUGAUGUUCAACUAAAAAUGAUAACCAAGUCCAAGGGUGUAGAUAUUAUAUUGAACUUUUUUAGUGGUGAAUCAUUUUACGCUGCUACUCGUGCGGUUGCUAAACAUGGAAAGCUCUUCAGUUUUUCAAAUUCAGACAUGAAAAAUCAAAAAUAUAUGGGUAUUCGAAUAUUCUUGCAAGAYAUAUCAUUUUUUGCUGUCGGUUCAGACGUGUUGUUAAAUGAAUGUAUUGAAAAUAAACAACUUGUACAACAAGCAUUCAUGGACGGAUUAAAUAAAGGUGUGAUUAAACCUUUCAAUAGUUACAUUUUAACACCACCAUUUAGUAUUGAACCUAUUUUAAAUGAUAUGAGAAAUGCUUUGGCCACUUCGAAUAAAAUUGUACUUUCUGUAAAUGAUGACGUUGUGAAUUCCAAAAUUUUUUUUGAACAUGAUUCAUAUCAAUUUCACCCCGAUCAUGUUUAUGUAGUAGUUGGAAAUAAAUCUGAUUGGUUGGAUGUCACUGAAUGGCUGGUAGACCGAGGAGCUCAGAAAAUUGUAAUCGUUGUUGACUGCUGUUUAAUGUCAUCAACAACCUAUAAAAACAGGUUUGCUAAAUUGAUAUCCCGAAAUAUAUCAGUACAAAUAGAAUCGUUUUUAUACUUAAAAACAAAAAAGAAAUCUCUCGAGUGGUUAACCCGUUUAGCGUCUUUCAGUGUUUUAGGUUCUUUGUUUAUUGUUAAUCAGCAUGAUGAUAACAUAAUUAAUAAUUUGCGGAAUGCUUUUGAAGACCUUCCAAAGAAAACCAAAACAACUUGGUUGAUAUGUAUUUCAAGUAAAGGAGAACAUAUUUGUGCUGAGCUCAAAUCAAAGGGUCUAAACUCAUUAAAUAUACUCUGGGAUACAAAUUCAACACAAAUAAAUGAUAUAAAGAAAUUACUCAUUCCACUAGAUAAUAUACUACAAAAAUCCAGCACCAUAGAGUCGUCUUCGUUUAUAUGUUCGGAAUCCAGCACUAAUAAWUUAGAAUGGUCACACCAAAUUAAUGAUGUUAUUUCAAAUUUUUUCCCUGAAUCAACCCAAGAAUUACAUCUCCUAUUUGAUAAAAUAACAAAAGAAGCCGGAUUUAUCGAAGUUCCGACAAGAACUUAUGCACCUCCUGUUCAACCAGAAGAUGGCUACAAUCAACAAUCAUCAUCAGAAAGUCCUGAAAAUGAAGUAGAUAACGAAUUACCUGAACAAACAGAAGAAACUAGUUCUAAUGGACCAAAUUGUGUGUCAGAAGGAUUCCAUCCAUACAAUGAAGGUUGUAGUAAAAAAUUCAUACGAUGUGUGGACAAAGGUGAUGGGACUUUUACYAAAUACGAAUUCGACUGUGGUGAAGGAACUUUAUGGGAUGAUAGUCAACAAACAUGCAAUCAUGCGAAUCUAGUAAAUUGUGGAACUACGACGUCAGCUACACCUUCCACAAUACAAUCAGAUUCUACUGUGGCACAGCAAAUAACUACAGCCAACAUAUGGUCUAGUUCAGUGACAUCUAAUUCAUCCAUGAUGUCUAGCUCGAGUUCAAGUUCUAGUAGUUCUUCUAGUAGCCAGUUUUCAACUUCAGCUGUCGUUGCUGGCCAAACAAAUGGAGGAUUUAACCAACAAUUUUCAUCUCAAGAUGGUUCUUUAACAACAGUUGCUAUGAAUCAAGGUUCAAAUCAGGCUGGAAGUUCUAGUACAAAUCAACAAUCUGCUUCUUCUAGUUCUAAUCAAGCUGCCACAUCUGGAUUUAACCAACAAACAACUAGCGCCGCGGCUAACCAACAAACAACUAGUGCCGCGGCUAACCAACAAACAACUAGUGCCGCAGCUAAUCAGCAGACAACUAGUGCCGCAGCCAACCAACAGACAACUAGUGCCGGAUCCAACCAACAGACAACUGGUUUUGGUUCAAAUCAACAAACAAAUAGUGCUGUACUCAAUCAACAAACUACUAGCGCUGGAGCUAACCAACAAACAACUAGUGCCGCAGCUAACCAGCAGACAACUAGUGCCGCAGCUAACCAACAAACAAAUAGUGGCGGAUCUAACCAACAGACAACUGGUUUUGGUUCAAAUCAACAAACAAAUAGUGCUGUACUCAAUCAACAAACAUCUAGUGCUGGAUCUAACCAACAAACAACUGGUGCUGGAUCUAAUCAACAAAUAAAUAAUUCUGGAAAUAAACCAACUUCACCAAUGUCAUCGACCUUAAAACCAACAACGCCUAUUAAUACAACGAAAAAACCACCAGUAUCGUCAACUCCAAAACCUACUACCAAUAAACCAACCUCUUCAMAGCCGACAACUCUAAAACCAACUUCUCCAAAACCGACAACUCCAAAACCAACAACUCCAAAACCAACCACUUCACAACCAUCUACUCAAAAACCAACUACUUCAAAACCAACCACUCAAAAACCAAUCAUUUCAAGUACUACACAAAAAUCCACAACAACAACUCGGUCGACACCUACUUUACCAGCAACUACUACACAAAAAGACACUAAAGCACCUACUAAAAGACCAACGCAAAACACUCCAACUUCUAAACCAAUCACUCAAUCAAAUUCAAAACCAACAGUUACAACAACCAUUAAACCUGUGAACUCGAAACCAACAGUAAAACCAACAACGGUUGCUUCCACAAAUAAACCUCAAUCAUCAACAACUAUUAAACCAAUAAGUCAGCAAUCUACGAAAAAGCCACUUACCGAACCAUCAUCUACAACAGACACUUGUGCUGCAGAAGGAUUUUUCCCAGAUUCUAAAGAUUGUAACAAAUUUUAUAGAUGUGUAGAUAAUGGAAAAGGAUUUACUAAAUAUAACUUUAAUUGUGGGCCAGGAACUGUUUGGGAUCAUGUUAAUAAUGUAUGUAAUCAUCCAUGGGCAGUGGAUAGAGAUUGUUCUAAAUCAAGUUCGUCGUCUACAGCUGGAUCAACAGAAUCAUUUGUAUCUAAUAGUUCUGAAAAUCCAAUAUCAAGUCAACCUAGUAACCCAGAAACAUCUACAGCAUUGUCUACUAGUCCUUCUCCUCCGACAUCAAUAAGUAGUCAAACUACUCAAACCCAAACUUCAACAUCUAGUUCUAGUCAACAAACAUCUUCAACCAUAAGUCAAACGGUUAUUUCAUCCAAUAAUUCGACUGCCCCUUGUAAUACUUCACCAAAGCCACCUAGCAAAAUAGUGUGUAAUGGAAGUGGAUUUUUCCCUCAUCCAGAUGAUUGUAAAAAGUUCUAUAGAUGUGUCGAUUGGGACGGUGAUAAAGGUGAACGAUUUUCUGUGUACCACUUCGACUGUCCUGAAGGAACAAUUUUUGAUCCUAGCCUAAACGUAUGUAAUCACGAAGCUUCUGUAUACCCUCCUAGAGAUUGUUCUGGAUCAAGUACUCCGCAAAAUCAUGGAACUAGUACCCCUGCUACUGAAGCUACUACCACUGAAGCAAGUACUACAGURACAACUGAYGAUCCCAGUGAAACUACAGGACCGUCUGAAACGAAUGAACCAGAAGCAAAACCAACUUCAAGUAUACCUGAAACAGAAUCUACUACAUCUAAUCCAACAGGAACUGAUCCGAUACCAUCAAAUCCAACUGAGACUACAACUAAUCAAAUAGAAACGAAUCCACCUACGACARGUCCAACCGAAACAAAUCAAUCCACGACUAUUGAGACAGAACCAACGACGAGCCCCACAGAAACAAACCCCCCCACAACGAGUCCAUCAGAAACAAAUCCACCAACGACUAAUCCAUCGGAAACAAAUCCGCCAACGACAAGUCCGUCCGAAACAAACCCACCAACGACUAAUCCGACAGAAACAAAUCCACCUUCAACAAGUCAAACAGAAACAACAGAUUCUGAAACAAAUCAACCGUCAACAGAAACKUUACCCGCCACAACAACUUCUCCAGAAACUUCAAACUCUACAGAUAAUUGUCCAACUUUAGAACCUGAUCAAGUUUCAUUAGUGUGUCCAACAGGUUUUAGAAGACAUCCAAAAGAUUGUAAUCUAUUUUAUCAAUGUACAAUAGCAGCUAAUAAUGACAUAAAAGUAUUGGUCCUCGCAUGUUCAAAUGGCACGUUUUAUGACCAAAGAAAAACUCAAUGUUUACCACCAGAUGAAUCCGAAUCAUGUCCAUCAAUUGAUGUACGCCGGUUAGAAUCUCGUGAAGAAAUACUACCAACUGUCCAGAUUCAACCUUACCAGCAGUUAUGUCCAUCAGAAGGAACGUUUGGUUCUCCAACUGAUUGCCAGACUUUURUAAAAUGCAAUAGAGAUGCUAAAGGAAUUCUCAGUGGUCAAAUGUUUCAAUGUCCUGAAGGACAGAGCUUUUGGGAAAAAUCUAAGAAAUGUGAGAAAAAUAGGAAAAUUCCAAUGUGUAAUAAACUCGGCCCUAAAUUAAAUUGGCAAACGAGUCUAGCCCCUGUACUUACUGAUUAAUGAAAUUAAUUUUAUGAACCAAAAUUUCAAAUAAUAAUGUAUAAUUAGCUCAAUCUAAAUGUAUUAGUU